UCAAAAAGAAGUGUAGGCGGUCUGCUAGAGUUUCUCCGAACACUUGAAAUGACUGCUCCAUGCUCAUUAACACCUGUGGAAAUCAGAAGCACACAGUGAUGUAGAAAGCCUUAUAAAGAGUCUCCAAUGUGCAGCUUUACUUUGCGGUGUGGGAAAAGUUUCCGUUCCCUUUCAAACAUAGUGAGAUAGAAACUGAAAUUUGAUUUAAACAUGCUUUGCGCGGAUCCUUCAAUUCCGAGUAAUUGGACAUUACCGUUUGUUUCCACUAAAAAAGAAUGUUAUGUGGAUUCAUUAAGUGUUCUUCUGAAUAUUUUGUUGAUGUUAAUGACUUUUGUUGUCAUUCUUAGAUACAAAUGUACUAAAAUUGAAAAGAAACACGGAGAAUUGGUUAGAUAUCAUGAACAUUGUUCGAGAUUUGUUUUAACUCUGUGUUUAUUCCUUUUAAAUUUGGCGGAAAUUGGAGAAGGGAUCAUGGUAAAUCAGUUUAAUAGUUCAUCUAAAUUGCAUAUAAUCAUUACUCCUGUUUCAUCCUUAUUGUCCACACUUUCAGCUAUUUUAUUUUACCACUAUGUCGAAAGAUUGAAUAGGCCGAAAUUAUUGCUGAUACUUUUUGUUUUCUGGCCAGUGGCAGCUACUUUAAAAUUAGCCAAGCUUGUUACUUUAUAUGGGAUUGGAUUAAGCACCUAUCAUAUGAGAAUCUUUCUUACUUGGACAGUAACUCUGGUUUAUUCAUUGUUGACAGCUAUUGAUGCAACACUCGUCAUUGUGCAGAAAUAUUUUUGUGAUAAACCAUACCAUGAAGAACCUGAAUAUCGAUUUGAUAUUACUAACAUUCAGUAUCUGCAUCCCUAUGUUAAUUUAUUUUCACAAGCCACAUUUUCAUGGUUACUACCUCUAUUGAAACUGGGUUAUCAGAGGCCUUUGGAAUUAGCUGACUUGGAAGGAUUGCCAGAAGACGAGAAAGCAGAUCAUCAGUUUAGACGAUUUAAUGAAGUUUUUAUGGAAGAGAAGCAAGCUGCUGAAAAGGGUAAACGAAGAAUAUCAUUAUGGAAAUGUUACUGGCUGACAUUCUGGAGAUCAUUGUUUUUUGGUGGUAUUAUGAAGAUAAGUGGAGAUGUGGUCAAUUUAAUUGGACCUAUUUCUAUUAGUUUCAUUUUAGCUUAUGUGACUGCAGUUAAAACAGAAAUUCUCCCUCAUGGAACACCUGAACAGCUGUAUUAUCCAACUAUAUGGGAAUUUAUUCAGAAUGGAUUUGUUAUGGCAGUCAUAGUUCUGGUUGCUACAUUUUUACAAAGUACACUUUCAAACAACUUUAACCAUUUAGCCAUAGCUGAAGGAACUCAUUUAAGAACUGCAUUGCAGUGCCUUGUUUAUAAAAAAGCUUUGAAAGCUAGUUCUGCAUCAGGACUUGAUACAGGAGCAGUUGUGAAUCAUAUGGCUGUAGAUGCAUUUAAUAUGAUGAUGUUGUUUUCUAUGGGGCAUUAUUUAUGGGCAGUUCCCUUCAAGAUAGUAUUGCUGUUGAUUUUGUUAUAUUCAAGACUUGGUUAUAGUGCAUUGAUUGGUGCAGCUACAGUUAUUUUUCUUGUUCCUGUACAAUAUUAUAUUUGUACUCUUUUAUCUAAAAUUCAGGGAAAGGCUUUGGAUGUUUCAGAUGAACGUUUGAAGAAAACAACUGAAUUAUUACAAGGCAUCAAACUUCUAAAAUUAUAUGGAUGGGAUCGAUUAUAUGCAAAUUUUGUGCAAAAUGUUCGUGAGAAGGAAUUGAAAAUACUGAGGAGUGAUGCAAUCUGUGUUGCCUUUAACACCUUUAUCACUCAGACUUCUUCAAUCAUUGUUACACUUGUGACAUUUUCUCUGUUUUCUAAAAUUGAAGGCAGACCAAUAAUGCCUGCAGAUGUGUUUACUGGUUUAGCAUUAUUUAAUCAGCUGACAGUGCCUCUAUAUAUCAUACCAUUUGUCAUACCUAUGGUCAUAAAUGCUAUUGUAAGCACAAGACGUCUUGUGGACUUUUUAAUGCUUCCUGAAGUAGAUUUGACUCUUCCUUGGCGAGAUGAUUCAGAUGCACCAGAUGCCAGGGUAGAAUUUGUACCAGAUAGUGGAAGUGUUUUGUUGCAUGUAAAGGAAAACUCAUUUGAUAGCAAAGGAUAUCUUUCUGGGUCUGAAGAAAGUGAUGGAGUCUUCUUGCCUGAAUUUUAUAAUUAUCCACCAAUUGAAGAAAAUAUGCUUGUUUCUAUAAAAAAGGGAUACUUUGCUUAUGAUCCUGCAUAUACCAUACCUACUCUAAGAGAUAUAAAUGUGCAAAUUCCAGCUGGUAAAUUAACUAUUAUUGUUGGAAACAUUGGUAGUGGAAAAUCAUCGCUUUUAUCAGCUAUUCUUGGAGAACUGCAUAUAAUAAGUGGUUCAGUAAACUGGAAUAGCUCUCCCCUUGUUGCUUAUGUUCCACAAAAACCAUGGUUAAUGAAUGCCACUCUUAAAGAAAACAUUUUGUUUGGUCAACCUUAUGAUGGAAGAAGGUACCAUCAAGUAACUCAAGCAUGCGCUCUGCAACCUGAUAUUGAUCUUUUACCUGCUCGAGAUAUGACUGAAAUUGGUGAACGGGGUCUUAAUUUAAGUGGUGGGCAAAAACAAAGAAUUGCUCUUGCCAGGGCAUUUUAUUCCCCUGCAAGACUUAUUAUUCUGGAUGAUCCUUUAUCAGCUUUAGAUGCCCAUGUUGGUGCUUAUGUAUUUGAGCAUGGUAUUAAAACUCUUUUAUUGAGAAGGCAGAGAACAGUCAUACUUGUUACUCAUAAGCUUGAAUUUCUUUCAUCUGCAACAAAGGUUAUUUUGAUGGAAAGUGGCACAAUAAAAAAAGAAGGUCCACCAAAAGAAAUUGAAGGAUGUCUUCAGGAUUUGAACUUUAAUUUGAAAAGACCUAGAAAACCAUUUGGGAAAGAGACCACACCAGCUGAGGGAACGUCAAAAGAAAGACACAAAUUGGUGCGAUUAUUAUCAAGGCAACAACUUUUUAGAACAGUUUCAACCCAAGACAUCAAGCCUCGUGCAAGAUUAGUUUCUCUGAGUCGUCAAAUGUCUCAUGAUCCUUCUAGUCCUCUUCCUUGCCAUGAUUGGGGAGAUCAUGAUGAUCCACUUCCUCCUAUUGCUGAUCCAGAUGAUCCUGAUACAGGUCACAAGCUUCUCAAUCGGAUGAAAUCUGUUGAAAGUCUGAGAUCUCGAUCUAGUGCCAGUUCAGCUAGUGUGGUUAGGCGUUCUUGGAAAUGUCCCCCUUCAAGAUUAAAUUCGCGAAUUUCUACUCGUACAGAUGACCUUAUUGAAGAAGAGGAUGAAGAAGAUUUUGAUGAUGAUACAGAUGAUAAAAUUGUUCAUAGUUGUGAUCAAGUGCAAUUACCUGAUGGGAAGCUAAUAAAAGAGGAAGAAAGGGAGAAAGGCAAAAUAUCCAAACAAGUUUACCUUAUGUAUAUGAAAGCUUGCACAUUGCCUUUAGCUUUGCUUGUCAUAUUUCUCAUCAUCACUACUCAAGCAAUGAAAGUAGGAACUGACUUUUGGCUUUCUACAUGGUCAGAAAAUUCAAUGUCAAAAAGUUUAAAUCAGUCUUUUGAUGAUAAUGAUACUAAUGAGAUGGUUUAUAUGGAGGAUGAAGAAAUUAAUUAUUACAUCCAUAUCUAUGCUAUUCUCUCUGGUGCAAGUAUUCUUCUAGCAUUUAUAACAAAUAUCUCUGCUCAACUCACUUCUCUCAAAGCUGUUAAAAUGUUACAUAGUCGAAUGCUAAAUAAUGUUGUACAGUGUCCCAUGAAGUUUUUUGACUCAACUCCUGUUGGCCGCAUCAUCAAUAGAUUCUCUUCAGAUAUGAGUACUAUUGAUAAGAAACUGCCUGUUACAUUGCCUAUAUUAUUGCGUUUUAUUUUACUGUGCUUGUCUGCAAUAAUUGUGGAUAUGAUUGUCACUCCUUACUUUAUUAUUGUUGUUAUACCAGUUGCUGCUAUUUAUUAUUUUCUUCAACAUUUUUUUCGUUACACAUCUAGGGAACUUCAGAGGCUAGAUAACAUUACAAAAUCUCCAGUGUAUUCUCAUUUUACCGAGACAGUUUGUGGUUUAUCUACCAUUAGAGCAUUCAGGGCUGAAUCUCGAUUCACAGAAAUGAUUAUGGCCUGUAUAGAUGUUAAUAAUACUGCAUUUAUAUUAGUUAACUGUUCAAAUUGUUGGCUGGGUGUUUCUCUUGACUAUCUUGGUGGGAUCAUUCUUUUUAUUGCUACAUUAUCUUCAAUAUUUGCUGCUAUUUAUGGAGAUGUUUCUGAAGCUUUUGUUGGAAUGUCUAUGACUUAUACUCUCUUGGUUCCUAUUUAUUUGAAUUGGGUAGUCAGAAAUUUAGCUAGCACAGAAAUGUACAUGAGUGCUGUAGAAAGGGUGCGGAAUUACUCAAAACUUUCUACUGAAGAUGGUCCUGCAAAAGAUUUGUGUGAUCUUUCCGAUGAAUGGCCUGAAAAUGGGGCCAUUUCUUUCCAGAAUGUAACAAUGAAAUAUGACUCAAAUAGUGAUCCUGUCUUGAAAAAUAUCACCUUGGCAAUAAAACCUGGUGAAAAGGUUGGCAUAUGUGGCAGGACUGGAAGUGGUAAAUCUUCUCUAAUAAUGGCCCUGUUCCGGAUGGUAAAUAUAAUGUCAGGGAAGAUUGAAAUUGAUGGCAUUAAUAUAUUGAACAUUCCUCUUGAAAUACUGAGAUCACGAUUAUCCAUUAUCCCUCAAGAAGCAGUAAUCUUUUCUGGUACUGUUAGAGAAAACCUUGACCCAGCCAAAGAACAUACAGAUGAGGAGAUAUGGAAGGCAUUAGAGGCUGCUCAGUUGAAGCAUGUUAUUACUUCAUUACCAGGAGGAUUAGAGGCUCUAGUGUCAGAUGAAGGAUCAAAUAUGAGUGCUGGGCAGCAUCAGCUAUUUUCAUUAGCGAGAGCAUUGAUACGAAGAUCAAAAAUUUUGGUAAUGGAUGAAGCAACUUCUUCAUUAGACCCUGAAACUGAUUUGAUACUGCAAAAUGUUGUUGCAGAAUAUUACAAAGAUAGUACUGUUCUAUCCAUUGUGCAUCGUGUUCAAAGUGUUUUGAACUUUGACAAGGUAAUCGUGUUGGAUGGUGGGCGUAUUGCAGAAAUGGGAAAUCCUAAAGAUUUGCAAGAAGUAAAAGGAAGCAUAUUUGCUUCAUUAGUAAAAGCUAGUCAUCAACAUCACUAAAGAUUUAACAUUUUAUAAUGCAUUUUAAAAUAUGAAUUUGUCCAUAUUGGUGAAAUCGUUCAUAUUUUCUUGCAAUAGUUUUUUUAAUGUUAUGAAUUUUAAGACAUUUUACUCAAUAUUUAUGUGAAAUGUUUGUAAUUGUAUGUCGAGUUGUAGUUGAUAUGUUUUGUUUCUAUAACAAUGGAUCUUAUUUUUUGGAGAUUAAUUUAUAUUUGUUUGGUUGAGUGUUUCAGAUAUAUGAUCAUUACUUUACCUCAAAUUGUCUUAAGUAUUGUUUACAUAUUUGUAAAAACUAUUCAAAAAGAAUUUUUUUUUCAAAUUGAGAAAAGAUUUUAUCAUAAUUUGUGUCCAAUAAAUAUGGGAUAAAAAUUUCAUUUUUCCCCCCUUUUUGCUUUAUUUGUAAAAUUGAAUACCCAAGUGAAUGAAAAUGGUUUCAAAAUGUAUGAAAAUAUAUAUGAAGUCAUUCAUGUAAAUGAUACUAAAUUAGAUUCUCACUCUUGACUUCUUGUACAGUUUAUCCUGAAAUGAAAUUCUUAUUUAAAUUUAUGGCGAUUUUUGUUUAAAAAGUAAUUUCAAAUACAAAAAUCCUUAAAAAUAUUGUUUCUGCAUAUAAUCUAAGAAAAUUUAAUUUAUUUCUAAAAAAAAUAAUAACAAAUGUCUGUGACAUUGAACUUUUUAACAUUUGAGAGUAAAUUUUGCUUGUGAAUUUUAAUCCACCGCUAGAUUUUCUUCCAAUCAUAAUAAAUAUCAAAAUAAAUUGUUUUUUAUAAAUUGGAAAUCGCUUCUUCUGUGAAGCAUGAGAAGUUUUUUGAUUAUGAAAGUUUUUCAUAUUAUAUUAAUAUUUUUUUAAAUUUAUGUUCAGUUUUUUGUACAAUACUUUAAUCUGUAAAAGAUGACAUUAACUGAUAUUUAAAGUCAAAAUAUUGAUGAAAGAACCUUAAAAAUAUUUUUCCGAUUUUAAAUAUACAAGUUGAACAUAGAAUAGCUUAGGAAGAAGCUUAGUUAUCCAUAAAUCUGUAAAUGGAAAGAAAAUUUUAUAAAUAAGGUUUUCAAAGUAUGCUCUUAAGAAUUACAUAAAAAAAAGAUGGUUCUUGUUAGAGAAUUUUGAAAAAAUCAAAUAGUAACACCUGCUUUUAUGUAUUGUUGAUUGAAGGAUUAAAAAACUAUGAAUUUUAGUAGUAGUAGGUACUUGCAGCAUACAAAACAUGAUAUAUAAGACACAGAAAAUAGAGAGAUGGCACGAAAAACAUGAAUUGCAUAUUCACAGCUAAGCCUUAGAUCUGAAAGUUAUAUCUUUUCUUUGAUAGCAUUAUAUAUAUUUUUUGAAAAAAAAAAAAAAAAAAAAAAAAAAAAAAAAGAUAUUUAUGUCUAAAAUAUCAUCAUGUAUUGUGGUAUGUACUUUCAGUGUUUGUGAACUAAUUUGUGAAACUGUGAACUAUUAAAAUGUUUUUACCAUUUCUCUAUUUUAAUUGAUCAUCAUUUUUUUUUGUAUGUGUGUAUUGUGUUAUUUCAAUGCUUUAUAAUUUUUCACUUGUGUAGCAAUACAUAAAAGUUGAUGUAGCUGUCCAGGUGUUUAAAAGUUGUAUUGAAGCUACAUUUAGUGCGAGGAAGCCUUUGAUUUAUUUUCUUAUUUUAGUGCAUACAUUGAACUAAUUAUAAUUUUGAUUUCAUUCAUAUCUCUUGGUGCUUAUAUUUAUUAAAAUUUUUUUUAAUAUUUUGUAUUAUGAGUGUUUUGUAAAGUAACUAAUAUGUUUGCUUUUUAUACAAGAAAUUAUAUAUAUAUAUAUUUAUUUAUUUAUAAUAUAUAUAUAUAUAUAUAAAAUCUCUAAUAAUUGCUCUUCAUUUCAGCUAAUAUAUUUCGUCCGUUUUCAAAAAAUAUUUAUUUCAUAAUUGAUUUUAGUAGAAUAAAUUCAUUUUCAAAAGUUUUACAUUAGCAUAUUUUUGAUAAAAGAUGUUCUAUUUAUUUAUAGCAUUUGUUAAAUGCAGCAUUUUUAUUUAGUGUUUGUCUGCUUUACCUAAUUUAAAAAGGAAUAUAAAACAGUGUGUCUUCAAUUUAAUGUCAUUUUUCUUCAAGUUGAUAAAACUUGAGGAAAAAUGAAAAUGUAUGUAAAUAAGUACCCAUUCAAAGUCCUCUUCUUUUAGCAAUACUGCAUAUAUAUUUAUAGUGCUUGUAAUUUCUUGAGAUUGUUUUAAUGUUUAUGUGCCUAUUAUUAAAAUCUUUUUAAUGUAUUUGAUCUUUUAUAUGUUAUAUUUAUUGUUUCAUGAUGCUACUGUGUUUAUAUAUUGUAUGAUUGUUAAUGUACUUGAAAAACAUGUAUUUAUAUUACUGAAUUCCAGCUUUCUUAACUGGUAAGCUAUUACCCGGUGCUUUUAACUGAUGAAUUUCGGUAUCAAAAUUAAUAUUUAGAUUACUUUUUUGAUGCUGGUUUUUUUAUGUGGU